CCGCACUGGAGCUACGCCUGCCAUUUGAUGGGCAGCAGCGAACGUGUUAAGACUUCGUGGGCAGAGCCUAGAUUUGGUGAUUAUUCUUUUCUUUUGGAAUACUAUUGAAAAAGUGAGACUGGAUGAACUUGAAGAAGUUUUGAAUAAUGUAAAUGUAUCUGAAAUGUCUUUAAAGGGUGAUCACAUAUCAGAUGGAGCUUCAAGAAUGAAGGAUCUGAUACCAUGGUGCAUGGAGGGAAGUGCAGAAGGGACUUGUAUGGAUGCAGAACAGUGUUUCUUGUUGUCAGGCCAGGUGGGACAACCGUGUGAUGCCCACAGAGCCAGGUGGGCCAACCGUGUGAUGCCCACAGUGUUUGCUGUACUUGUAAGUAUACGAUACCAUGGUGCAUGGAGGGAAGUGCAGAAGGGACUUGUAUGGAUGCAGAACAGUGUUUCUUGUUGUCAGGCCAGGUGGGCCAACCGUGUGAUGCCCACAGUGUUUGCUGUACUUGUAAGUAUACGAUACCAUGGUGCAUGGAGGGAAGUGCAGAAGGGACUUGUAUGGAUGCAGAACAGUGUUUCUUGUUGUCAGGCCAGGUGGGCCAACCGUGUGAUGCCCACAGUGUUUGCUGUACUUGCCAGGUGGGCCAACCGUGUGAUGCCCACAGUGUUUGCUGUACUUGUAAGUAUACGAUACCAUAUGGUGCAUGGAGGGAAGUGUAGAAGAUACUUGUAUGGAUGCAGAACAGUGUUUCUUGUUGUCAGGCCAGCCAUCCUUUCUUGUGGAGAAGGAUCAUCCCUAAGUUUCUCCUACUUCAAGUCUCCAACUUAUCCACAAGAGUCAUCUGGUUCCUUAGCAUGUGAUUAUGAUGUGUUUGUUCAUCCACAUACUUGUGCCAUUAGGAUUGACUUUGAGUCCGCCAGUUUGGCAGGCAAGCUAGGAGGAACCUGUGACAUUGACCAGUUGUUCAUCCUCAACUCUAUUGAUGGACCGACAAGUGGACUUUGUGGACAACUCUCAGGCUACUCCACAACAGUUGCAGUCAGCCCAAGCCAACUAAAACCUUUGAAGUUGGCAUUUUUAAUCCAAAAUGAGAUACAAUAUCACUGGUACAUAAAAAUAACACAAAUACCGUGUGAGCUAGUCACACCUUAUGAAGCUGCUACAAAGAAGCAAAUUAUGCAAAAGAAACCCAUCAAUAGAAAUAGUUCAUACAAUGUGAGAAGAAUCAUCAAUGGGUUUGACACAAGAGCUGGCGAGUUCCCUUGGGUCGCUGCCAUAGGACUGGAUGGAUUAUUCUUCUGUGGCGGAGCACUCAUCAACAAUCUAUUUGUACUGACGGCAGCUCACUGUCUGCUCAUGCGAGACACACCAACAGAAUCAUUAACAGUUCACAUUGGCGACUAUGAUUUGACUUUGGAAAAUGAGACUCAACAUGUUGUGCGAAAAGUUGAACAAGUAAUAUUUCACUCACACUUUCAUCCAUUUCUUCUAGCUAACGAUAUCGCAUUGCUACGAUUGAAUAGUCCUGUACCUUAUAGUAUAUUUGUGCAACCUGUUUGUCUACCAUCUGAAGAUGAAGAUUUGACCUGGAAAGGUGGUACGACUGUUGGCUGGGGGUUUACAUCCUUCUCAGAGGGGAGGCCGAGUCCAGCAUUGCUCAAGCUGCAAGUUGAAACAAUAUCAAAUGCAGAAUGUAGUAGAUUAAUUGAGGAGCCUGUUUCACCAGGCAUGAUAUGUGCUGCAUCUCAACCACUGCAAGGGACAUGCUUUGGAGACAGUGGAGGACCUCUGACGGUGACCAAUCACGAGGGAGUCAGCACAGUGAUAGGACUGGUCAGUUUUGGUAUCAGUGGCUGUGCUAUGGUGCCUGGACUACCUGACCUCUACACUAGAGUAUCUGAGUAUCUUCCAUGGAUCAGCAUCAACCUGUUGUAACUCUACGAGGGAGCCAGCACAGUGAUAGGACUGGUCAGUGUUGGUAUCAGUGGCUGUGCUAUGGUGCCUGGACUACCUGACCUCUACACUAGAGUAUCUGAGUAUCUUCCAUGGAUCAGCAUCAACCUGUUGUAACUAUACGAGGGAGCCAGCACAGUGAUAGGACUGGUCAGUUUUGGUAUCAGUGGCUGUGCUAUGGUGCCUGGACUACCUGACCUCUACACUAGAGUAUCUGAGUAUCUUCCAUGGAUCAGCAUAAACCUGUUAUAGCUCUACGACGGAAUCAGGACAGUGAUAGGACUGGUCAGUGUUGGUAUCAGUGGCUGUGCAAUGGUGCCUGGACUACCUUAACUCUACACUAGAGUAUCUGAGUAUCUUACAUGGAUCAGCAUAAACCUAAUGUAACUCGACGAGGGAGUCAGCACAGUGAUAGGACUGGUCAGUGUUGGUAUCAGUGGCUGCGCAAUGGUGCCUGGACUACCUGACCUCUACACUAGAGUAACUGAGUGUCUACCAUGGAUCAGCAUAAACCUGUUGUAACUCUGCGAGGGAGUCAGCACAGUGGAUAGGACUGGUCAGUGUUGGUAUCAGUGGAUAUAACAAGAAUGGUCCUCUUUAUAAACU